AUGGUUUGUCAUCCGCUCGUGCGUGGGCUCAUUCAGGACGAGAAGGGUGAUGUGAGAGGGAGAACAAGAGAUCACUGGGGAUCCCUUUGAUCCACACCAACUGGCCUUCCGGCCCUUUUUCUCGGCUCUUUUUUGCUUUGUUUUCUCGGGGAGGAAAGGCGAUCAAAAACAACAGUUCAGGUGAGGGAAUUUAGUUAAUUUUAACAGUUCAAUAGGCUGUUAAAAUAUUAUAAUAAUAAUAGGUGCCUUUUGUUUAGGAUGAAGCCCCAAAAUGCGUCGAUGACAUCCGCCUGGACAUCGGCUGGUCAAGGGGUGACUCAAGUGAUGAAUCGGUGCGAAAGCGCAAAGUCAAGUGGAUUUUUGGGUAAGAAAAAUAUUUUCUGACAUACUGCGGUAUUUAUUUUACCUACUACUGAAGGGUUUCUCAAUUUUAGAAGCGAUUUUUUACAUCAUAUCCCGUUACCCUCAAGUACAAUAUAAAUUUAUAGAGUUUACCACGAGGAGUUUCAGAUCUUACCGAAUGCUCGCUCAUGUACAUUACUGACGCCAUUUACCUUGUCCUCAAAGAAUAUGAGAUCACAAAGUGCAGCCUCAAAGGGAAUGACCUCAAAAAAUUCCCCAAAAAGAUGAUUAUUCGAUUGCCUGAACUUGAAGGUGAAUCCCCACGGUAAUAUUGAGCUGAAUUUCAAAUUUUAGUUUUGAAUCUUGAAGGGAACAAGAUUGAUGAGAUUCCGGAGGAAAUUGUGGGCUGGAAGGAGACGAUGAAAGGAAUUAAUUUGGCCAAGAAUCAGAUAAAAUCAAUCCCCGAUGCGUUUCUGGAGUUGGAGAACAUUGUCCUGCUCGAUUUAAGCGGAAAUGCAAUUGACGGUCAGUAUUUUUAGAUAUUUUGGAUAUAAAUUUUUUUGAUAAGAUUAUUUAAGAGUGAAGACAGAAGAUUUCGGAGAAAAAUUUUGAAAAUUUUUCGAAUUCACUUUUUUUUCGAUUUUGGAGUAAAAUUUUUUUUUACUCCCAAAAAUGCCGAAAAAAAAGUAAACACGAAGUUUACUCCAAAAUUUGGAAAAAAUUUUGAUUUUCGGGAGUAAACUGGGAGUUUACUCGCCGGGGCCGAGAAAUCGAAUGGCGGCGAGUAAAUCUGGGUUUUGCUCGCUUCCAAUUAUUUCUUCAGCUAUCACAGAGGCACAGAUGACCCAGGACGUAAGGCGGGCGCGUUAGUAAAUAAUUCGCGCCAAACUUAUGAAAAAUUUUUGAAGAUUCCUGACUGGGAGCCUCCCAGUCGGGAAUCCCGCGCAGUCAGGAAUAUUUUUGACUGGGCGGCCUCAAAUCGACAUCCCAGUCACCUGAGACGAAGAAACGGGGAGAAAAAACGAAGAGAGCGAGAGAAACGCGCGCUAUUUCGUGCUCUCUCUGCCUCUCUGCGCCUUCUCUUCGUUUCCCGCUCUUUCGCUCUCUCUCUCCUUUUUUUGCGCUCUCUCGCUCUUUCUCUGGAAAAAGAGAGAGCGCGAAACGGAAAGAAGGCGCUGAGAGGCAGAGACAGCACGAAAUAGCGCGCGUUUCUCUCGUUCUCUUCGUUUUUUUUCCCUAUUUCUUCGUCCUAGUCAACAGUUAUUGACCCCUCACCCAGUCGAGAAUCGCGGGAUUCCUGAAUGGACCAACAGUCAGGAAGCUUUGACUGUACGAAGAGUCAGGAACCCCGCGAAUCCUGACUGGAGCCUCCCAGUCAGGAUUCGGCAAAAUUUUUCGAAAGUUCGGCGCGAAUUACUAACGCAAAUAAAAAAAAAUUUUUGCGCUCAGGGGUCGACUGUUCCCCGGGCGUAAACUCUGGAUUUACUCGCCGGCACCUUCGGCGAGUAAAUUCUGAGUUUACUCCAAAAAAAGGCAAAAAAAAAGUAAACUCGGAAUUCACUCCAAAAAUGGAAAUUUUGAAAGCUAUUUCGAUUCCUACUCGCCGACCCAUAAAAUUUCUCGAUUUUUACUCUCUUUUUCAAAAAAAAGUGAAUUCGAAAAAUUUUCAAAAUUUUCCUCCGAAAUCUUCUGUCUUCACUCUUAUUUUAACAAAAUUUUUAAUAUAAAAAUUUAGUUUUCUGUAACAAAAAUACAGUACGAUUAACGUCUGAACCUUCAGAUAUCGACGAGAACAAGUUCUUCAAGGCCUUCCCCAACCUCAAACAAGUCAAUCUCCAUGAGAAUCCCCUCAGCGACGCCAAAAAAGCCGCCUUAAAAGCCAAAUGCCCUGCGGGCGUGAACUUGCGAUUGGAAUAA